AUGAUUACUCAAAUUUUCGAUCCCUUAGGAUUGAUCGGACCUGUGAUUAUCAAGGCGAAGAUUAUUUUGCAAGUGCUCUGGCAACAAAAACUGGACUGGGAUACUCCGGUACCAGAGACAAUCAGAAUCGUGUGGACAUCCUAUUGUCAACAAUUGCCAGCCAUUCGGUACUUAGAAAUACCACGUCAUGCGAUAGUACACAAACCAACUGAUAUUCAACUUCAUGGAUUCUCUGAUGCGUCCCAAGUGACAUACGGAGCUUGUAUUUACAUCCGAUCUGUUAAUGAUGAGGGAACAAUCAGCAUACGAUUGCUCACUGUAAAGUCACGAGUCGCUCCCCUAAAAACCAUCAGUCUACCGAGACUUGAACUGUGCGGCGCCGUGCUUCUUGCCAAUUUGGUGCAGAAGGUGACCCAAGCUCUCACAUGCAGAAUUUCACAACAUUAUCUCUGGACGGUCUCGGAAAUAGUGUUGACCUGGAUCCAAGGUGAACCAUCAAGGUGGCAAACGUUUGUUGGAAAUAGAGUUGCAGAAAUUCAGAAAUUAACAAAUCCGCAAGAUUGGGCACACGUGUCUUCGGAGAAUAAUCCAGCUGACUUCAUUUCUAGAGGACUUUUACCGGAACAAUUAAUCAAAGCCACACUGUGGUGGGAGGGACCACCUUGGCUAAAGGAAACCUCACAUCAGUGGCCACGGGGUAUGGUGCAAUUGUCAACAGAAGUACCAGAAACGCGUACUCAGACAUUGACGGCAAUCAACGUCAAGUCAUUCGAACCAAUCGAUCGAUUUUCUUCAUUAAUCAAAUUGAAGAGAGUGAUUGCACUUUGUUGCCGAUUCAGAACAAAUUGUCUAUUGUCAAAGAUGAAAUCGUCAUUAAUCUAUGGGCCACUCACCUCUGAAGAACUCCAAAGAGCUAUGGUAAUUCUAUUGAAAAUACAUCAAAUGCAAGAAUUCAAUGACGAGAUUCAUGCACUACAACGAGGUAAGGAAAUAGAUUCUCAUAGCAGACUCUUAUCACUUAGCCCAGUGCUUGACCAAGACGGUUUACUCCGUGUUGGUGGCCGGUUGAGAAAUGCUCCGUUAACAUAUAACCAAAAACAUCCUAUCCUCUUAUCUCCUCACGGUACACUGACAGAUUUAAUCAUUCGAGAUCAACACUUAAAUCACUUUCACAUGGGUCCACAGCUGCUUUUAAGUACCCUUCGUGAAAGAUACUGGAUAAUACGCGGGAAACACGCAAUCAAACGGGUAUUGGGCAAGUGUGUUCUGUGUUUUAGAAUACGUCUUCACAGUCCGGUACAAAAAAUGGGAGAUUUACCCGCUUGCAGAAUUACUCCAUCGCGAGCUUUCAAACACACUGGGGUAGAUUAUGCGGGACCAUUUAACAUUAAGAUUUCCAGAAACAAAUCGGGCAAGGCAUACUUGUGUUUAUUCGUGUGCCUGGCCACGAAAGCUAUACAUUUAGAAUUAGUAUCGGAUCUGACCAGUGAGAUGUUCUUAAAUGCAUUAAAACGAUUUAUAUCUCGCAGAGGAAAAUGUGAUUCAAUUUGGUCAGACAACGGUAAGAAUUUUCUCGGUGCUAGCAAUGUAUUGCGUCAACUCGGUGAAUUUUUGUAUCAGAGCGAAACUCAAACGAAAAUUAUCAAUGUCGCAUUCAAUCAGGGAAUUUCAUGGAAAUUUAUUCCGCCGCACUCCCCACACAUGGGAGGUUUGUGGGAAGCCAACAUAAAAAAUGUAAAGGCGCAUCUCAAAACUGUAAUUCGUGAUACACUGCUGUCAUUCGAAGAAUUGUCCACUGUCCUCAUUCAAAUAGAGGCCAUAUUAAAUUCGCGUCCGUUGUGUCCGCUGAGCAACGAUCCAGAGGAAUUGGAGGUUCUGACGCCAGGUCACUUCCUGAUAGGGACAUCUCUACUCACGAUACCCGAACAAUCUGUCAUUGAUGAGCCUACGAAUCGCAUUGGACGCUACCAAUUGUUAUCACAAUUACAGCAAUCAUUUUGGAAACGUUGGUCGUCGGAAUACGUUGCUCAACUGCAACAACGUUCGAAAUGGCAAAUCGUCAUGCGCAACGAUGAAAUACAAGUUGGAAGAUUAGCAUUAAUUCGUGACGAAACUCUGCCUCCUUUAAACUGGCACACGGGUAGGAUUUGUGCAUUACAUCCUAGUCCUGACGGAUUGAUAAGAGUGGUGUCGCUGAAGACCGCUAAAGGAGUUAUUCAAAGAUCACUUCCAAAGAUAUGUAUUUUACCCAUUACAUGA